AUGAUGAAAACAACAAGUCUUACAAAAACACUUUUCAAUCAUCAAACUCAUUCACAAUCAAUUAAUUUAUUUACACCAUCAACAAGUUCAUCGUCAGGAUCAACAUGUGAAACAGGUCCAUCAUCAUUAAAUUCUUCUUAUAAAAGUAAUAUUGAUACAAAUGGUAUUAAUAAUAAUGAUGAUACAAAUUCUAUUCCACAAGAUAAAUCAACUGUAGUACUGAUAAAUUUAGUUGAUAAACUUAAACGUGAAUUAACAACAGUAAAACAAGCAAAAAGUCAAUUAGAAACACUUUAUAAAGUCAAAUGUAAAUCUGACCUUGAUAAAUCAGCUAAAAUUACGAAACUUCGUCUACAAUAUGAACAUGAAUUGAAUCUAUUUUGUAAACAAGAUCAAAAAGAUCUUGUAUGUUAUUUACAACGACAAUUGAUGGUACGUGAUCAACGUAUUUCUGAACAAUCGCAUGAUAUAGAACAAAUGAAAAAUUUGUCAAUAAAUAAUAGUGUUGAUAGUAGUAAUGCAAAUACAUAUAAAAAAAUUGCUCCAAUACAAGUUUUAAGAAGCAGUGAUCCUGAUGUUGUUAUUUCAGCCUUCGAUAAUACUGAAUUCAAAAAUUACUUUCAAAUAAUGGCUGGUGAUGAAACAAAACAGAGUAGUGGAAAAUCAGCUGACAAAGAAAACAAAGCCAGUAAAAAUGAUACGAAUAGUGGUGAUAAAGGUAGUUCAAAAAAUGAUGCACAAAGUGGUGGUGGUAAUAAAUCUGGUGGUGGAAAGGCAGAUAAUUCAGGUAGUGGUGAUAAAGGCAGUUCAAAGAAUGAUGGACAAAGUGGCGGUGGUAACAAAUCUGGUGGUGGAAAAGCAGAUAAUUCAGGUGGUGGUGAUAAAGGUAGCUCAAAAAAUGAUGCACAAGGUGGAAAUGACAAUAAACCUGGUACUGUAAAAGGAGAUGCACCAGGUGGUAGUAAUAAAAGUGGUCAGAAAGAUAGCGCUUCAGGUGGUGGUAAAAACGAUGAUAAAGGUGGUUCAAAAGCUGAAGCAUCUGGUGGUGGUGGUGGCGGUGAUGCAAAAUCAGGUGGCGGUAAAGGUGGUGAUAAAGGUGGUUCGAAAGCUGAAGCCUCUGGUGGUGGUGGUGGCGGUGAUGCAAAAUCAGGUGGCGGUAAAGGUGGUUCAAAAGCUGAAGCAUCUGGUGGUGGUGAAUGGGAAGGUGGUGAUCCAGAAAAAGGUGCAAAAAUUUUCAAAACAAAAUGUGCUCAAUGUCAUACUGCCGAAAAAGGCGGUGGUAAUAAACAAGGACCUAAUCUUCAUAGUUUAUUCGGUCGACAAACUGGUCAAGUUCAAGGUUUUAAUUAUAGUGAUGCUAAUAAAAGUAAAAAUAUAACAUGGGGUGGUGAUACACUAUGGACUUAUUUGAAAGAUCCAAAGAAAUAUAUUCCAGGAACAAAAAUGAUUUUUGCUGGACUUAAAAAAGAUGAUGAACGAAAAGAUUUAAUUGCAUAUUUAAAACAACAAUCGAGUGAUUAA